UCCACCUCUAUUCUCGUUUUCAGUUUAGGAGGAGAAAUAUCCUAACCUCUUAUAUCCGUGUACCUGAAUAUAGUUUAUUUUAUCUCUCCUCUCUGUAGGUCAUGGCAGAAAACCUCACAAUGGUCACUGAGUUCCUGUUAAUAGGUUUUUCAAGCCUUGGUGAAAUUCAGCUUGCCCUCUUUGUUGUUUUUCUCUUUCUGUAUCUAGUCAUUCUGAGUGGCAACGUCACCAUCAUCAGUAUCAUCCGCCUGGAUCGAAACCUCCACACACCAAUGUACUUCUUCCUUGGCAUUCUCUCCACCUCUGAGACUUUCUACACCUUUGUGAUUUUACCUAAGAUGCUCAUCAAUCUACUUUCUGUGGCCAGGACAAUAUCCUACACCUGCUGUGUCAUUCAAAUGUUCUUUUUCCUUGGCUUUGCUAUUACCAACUGCCUGCUAUUAGGUGUGAUGGGUUAUGAUCGCUAUGCUGCCAUUUGUCACCCUCUGCAUUACCCAAUCCUUAUGAGUUGGCAGAUGUGUGGAAAACUGGCAGCUGCCUGUGGGUUUGGAGGUUUCUUGGCCUCCCCUAUGGUAGUAAAUUUAGUUUUUAGCCUUCCUUUCUGUAAUGCCAACAAGGUCAACCAUUACUUCUGUGACAUCUCACCAGUCAUUCGUCUGGCUUGCACCAAUACCGAUGUUCAUGAAUUUGUCAUCUUCAUCUGUGGAGUUCUCGUACUUGUGGUGCCUUUCUUCUUUGUGUGUAUUUCUUAUCUCUGCAUCUUGAGGACUAUCCUGAAGAUUCCCUCAGUUGAGGGGCGGAAGAAAUCCUUUUCCACAUGUUCCUCUCACCUCACUGUUGUCAUUAUUCACUAUGGUUGUGCUUCCUUCAUCUACCUAAGGCCUACAGCAAGCUAUGUGUCCAAUAAGGACAGGCUAGUGAUGGUGAUAUACACCAUUGUCACUCCAUUACUAAAUCCCAUGGUAUACAGCCUCAGAAACAAGGAUGUCCAGUUUGCUCUCAGAAGAGUGUUAGGAAAGAAAGUAACUUUAAAAUCAUGUAAAUGA